CAGCAGGUGUGUGUUUGAGACCUUCCAAGGAGCAGGGAAUGGCUGACCCUGGCCUUGCUGUUGCCUUGGCUCAUGGAAACCUGCUGGGGCAUCUCCAUGGGAGCCAUCUGCUGUGCCCAGUGGAGCUGCAAAUUGGGGUCUCUGUACUCCCCUUUGCCUGUGGGAUUUUGCAGUUGGGGGGACCCAGUCAGGUCAGCUCGUGCUCCCACAGGGCUGGGCUCAGGGCCAUUAGGGUGGAUCUAGGCUCUCUCUGCCUAUAGCCGUGUGAGCACGCAAAGGGUUAAAAGGUGCAUGGGUUUGUUUGCCAGGGUGCACAGCAGCUGGUUAGGCAGCUGGCGAAAGACCGUUAGAAAGGGGCAGGGAAAGCGGAGGGGAGGGGAAGGGAAGGUGCUGAGAGAUGGGCUGGGGUCCCUCUGCCUGCUGCACUGUUCAUGCCUGGCUCAGAUGUUGCAGCCUCUCACCAUGGACCUGCCCUCAUGGCUGCUUGGACAGCUCCUGGCCACCACAGUACUUCAGCUUCUGAGCUGCAGCACCGCAGCCCCUUUUCCUACCUUGGCGCCCCCACUUACCAUGGUCAUUAACGGCGAGAGGAAGACCCUAGUGGUUUGUGUGGUGAACGACCUCUCCCAGGACACGGCAGAUGCCAUCUGGUUUUCGAAUGAGAAUGGAAGUGCCCUGGACUCCUUCACUUACGGGGUUUCCAGGGAGGAAGACGGCACAUUCAGCACAGUCUCUCACCUCUCCGUCCACACCGUAGAACUGGAGUCCUGGGAAUCCCUCACCUGCCAUGUGAGACAGAACAGAACCGCCCAGGUGUGGAGUGCCAGGUCCCUGCUGAUCUCUGAAGACCACGUGGAAGAGCAAUGUCUGGAUGAAGACCGAAGUGCUCUGCCCGUCUGUUCACAAAUCCUGCUUCUCUUGGCUAUCAGAGCGUUGUUGCUGAAGUUCCUCCUGUUUGACAUACUGAUCACCUGCAGCUUCCUCUUCAAAGGGGGACGCCGAGCCCUACCGCUGAACUCUGUAAAUAGUUCCUCUGCUCAGGCUUGGUUCAGCAACGGAGAAUCAGCCUCGCCUGACAGCAUGGAGAGCAGACCGAGGCAGAGACUGAGUCGGACAGAGUUAGUGACUGGAGCUAGCCAUCCCAGGGGUAGCAGAGACAGAGCUUCCCACACCAGUUCCUUACACCUUCCACCCAUCUGAGCUAGAGCAAAUCAAAUGACC